GGUUUACUGUUUUUUUAAGUUACACUGUCAGAUGGCUUAAUUUAUUGUAUAAUUCACUGUAUUUUAUACAAUUCAUGACAUCCUGACAGGUUUUUAAAGAUCUAAAAUGCUGUAAAGUCACUACAGAAAAUGUGGUGGAGUAAAAAAUACAACAUUUCCUAUGAAUUAUAGUUAAAUUAAAGCAGAAAGUAGCAUAAAAUUAAAAUACACAAGCAAAGUACACAAACUUUUGUACAUGACGUAUUUGAGUACCUUUGUUUUAAUGCUUUACAUGACCGGAACUUCUACUGUAUGGGAGGCCACAGUCGUACCAAUCAUUUAUUUACAUGCUGCAAAAAGGAACAAUUUUAAGACUAAAUGAACAUUUACUGCACGAAUCCUUCGUUUGUAGUUCAGGUGGCCAGCGUUUCAUUUUGCAGCCAAAAAUAAGAACUGAUAUGUUCAAUGACAACUCAGAAUUUCGGUGUGAAAAGCAACUGCUAAAAUCACCUAUUAAACGCUUCACUAAAGCUACAAGAAAAACAUUUUCUCACUUUCCACUCGUGGUGUUUAGUGAUUCAGAAGUUUAGAACCAGCGCCUCUGUUCUCCUGGACAAACCACAGAAUACGGCGUCAACACUUCUUACUGUUUAUGGACGAUUUCUCAGUUAAUUACACAUUCAGACUGGGACAUUUAUGUAAAUUAUCAUUUAGCACUACCUCAGUAUCAGCUUUUUUUCUCAUAUUGUCUGCGUGAUCCAGAGCUUUGAAUCUGUAAGAAAUCCGACACAUUGACCUUUAGUCAUGCUACAUGUUUUUUUUUUUCUUCCACCUUCAUUUGCAAUGCAUAUUUCUUGAGGUGCGUCCUGAGCUCAGUCAGAUCAGCUCAGCUCCAGUUUAGUGCACCUUUUGGAUACAGAUGGACGGAUAAGCCUGUUUAUGACUGUGAUGGACAUGGAGAUAGUGGAUGUAUGUCAGCUAUAGCAUUACUCUGGCGGAGAAGUCACUGUAGAAGGGCAAAAUGAAUAAGAAAAGAUACUUUCUGGAGGCUCCAGAAGUCAAAGACUACCUGGUCAAAGGAGAAAGAUUCACCAAAUGGUCGGAGGACUCGACAAAGACUGUUCCUGUCACCAUGAAGAUGGAUCCGAAAGGUUUUUAUGUCUACUGGAUUAACCAGAGCAAGGAGACAACGUUCCUGGAUGUUGCUACCAUCAGAGAUACCAGAACAGGGAAAUAUGCAAAACUUCCCAAACACCCCAAGGUCCGCAACGUGUUCAACCUGGAUUUCCCCGACAGCAACCAUCUGGCCAAAACCCUGACCAUCGUCUCAGGUCCAGACACAGUCAAUCUGACCUAUCAUAACUUUUUUGCCUCCAAGGAGAAAGUGACACAGAACUGGGCUAAUGACAUCCUUGCGAUUGCCUACAAUGCUGCAAGAAACAAUGCAUGCAGACAAGUCUUCCUGGAUAAAAUAUACGUCCGCCUUUCUCUUCAGACCAACAAGGAUGGAAAGAUCCCAGUGAAACAUAUUUACAAGAUGUUCCCUGCGGACAAGAAGAGGGUGGAAAGUGCCUUAGCAUCUGCACACCUCCCUAAAGGAAAGUAUGACACCAUAAAGCCUGAUGUUUUCACUGAAGCUGCUUUCAAGACCUUCCUGACAAACCUCUGUCCUCGACCUGAGAUUUACGAGAUCUUCACUUCUUACUCCACCAAACCCACCAUGACGAAGGAGAAUUUCACCAAGUUCCUCAACGAGAAGCAGAGGGACUCUCGGCUCAACGAGGAGCUGUUUCCACGUCUGAGGCAAGAUCAGAUCAAAGCUCUGAUUGACAAGUACGAGCCGUUAUCCUCUAAUUCUAACAGAGGUGAGAUCUGGAGGACCGACAGGCUCGAGAUUAGCUUUUGGGCUUUUCUUUCAAAUGCUCCAAUGUUUCUUUAUUGUUCAUCUGCAGGUCUGAUUUCUCCAGAGGGGCUUUUGUUUUUCUUGAUGGGUCCGGAGACAACAGUUGUGAUGCAGGACAGGCUGGCUAAGUGUCAGGACAUGACCCAACCCGUACCCCACUACUUCAUCAAGUCUUCACACAACACAUACCUAACAGCUGGUCAGUUUUCUGGCGUUUCCUCUCCUGAGAUGUAUCGUCAGUGUCUGCUGUCCGGCUGCCGCUGUCUGGAGCUGGACUGCUGGAAGGGUAAACCUCCGGAUGAAGAGCCCAUCAUUACUCACGGCUUCACUAUGACCACUGAGAUCCUCUUCAAGGAUGUGAUCGAGGCUAUAGCAGAGAGCGCCUUUAAGACCUCACAGUACCCCAUUAUCCUCUCAUUCGAGAACCACGUCGACUCCGUGAAACAGCAGGAGAAGAUGGCCAACUACUGCAAAACCAUAUUUGGUGAUGCCCUGCUAACAGAGCCUCUGGACAAAUACCCUCUGAAGCCAGGCCAGCAGAUUCCCAGCCCGUCUGAGCUCUUGGGUAAGAUCCUCAUUAAGAACAAGAAGGGCAGCCAUGGGAAACCAGCUCCAGCUAAGAAAACCACCACAGCAGCCACUGACCAGCCUGCAGCCACAACUGCUCCCACCCAAGACCCAAACACCCCUGCCCCAGAUGGCACCGCCCCGGCCCCUACCACCCAAGAGAACCAAGAAGGGGACGCAGCUGUGGAGGACAAUGAGGAGCAAGAAGAUACAGAGGAACAGGAUGAGGAGAAAAUGAAGACAUCAGAUGAGGGCACAGCUGGACAAGAAGUAACAUCGUACGAGGCAAUGUCAUCCAUCGUCAACUACAUCCAGCCCAACAAAUUCAUCUCUUUUGACAACGCCAGAAGGAAAAACAAGAGUUACGUCAUCUCAUCUUUUGUGGAGACCAAAGGGGAGGCGAUGAUUGCCAAGACUGCUGUUGAGUUUGUCGAGUACAAUAAGAGGCAGAUGAGCAGGAUUUACCCCAAAGGGACAAGAAUGGACUCAUCCAACUACAACCCUCAACCUUUUUGGAAUGUCGGCUGCCAGAUGGUGGCGCUCAACUACCAGACGAUGGAUUUCCCCAUGCAGCUGAACAUGGCUCUGUUUGAAUUCAACGGCAGAACGGGCUACUUACUCAAACAUGACGUCAUGCGUCGCGGUGACAAGAAGUUUGACCCUUUCUGUGACAGGAUUGACACUGUUGUGGCAAGCACACUGACCAUAAAGAUCUAUUCAGGUCAGUUUCUGUCAGAGAAGAGUGUCAAAACAGGGGUGGAGGUGGAGGUGAUUGGGCUGCCAGGAGACCCCAAGAAGAAAUUUCGCACCAAGUGGUCCACCACCCCCAACGCCAUCAACCCAGUGUGGAAUGAGGAGCCUUUUGUUUUUGAGAAGAUCCUGCUGCCAGAGAUGGCCUCUCUGAGACUUGUAGUCCAUGAAGAGAACGGAAAAUUCUUGGGCCAUAGAAUCAUCCCAGUCGAUGCCAUUCAGUCAGGCUUCCAUCACAUCUGCCUGCGCAGUGAGAGCAACAUGCCUCUCACUUUGCCUGCUCUCUUUGUGUACAUCGAGGUCAAGGACUACAUCCCUGCUGCCUUUGCAGAUUUCACUGAUGCCUUAUUUAAUCCAACAAAGGGGACAGAGAAAACCACAAAGACCCCCAAAGAGUCAUCCUCUGACUACAUUUCUCCCUAUGAGUUGCCUCUUGUGGUCCAACCCCCUGCAGGCACAGCUAAAGAAAGUGAAGCUCCUGCUGCAGAAAAUGCAGCAUCCAAAGCUGCACCACCCACCGAAGCCACUGACCAGUCAGCCGAGACUCCACCAGAAGCUCCUGCAGAAGAAGCUAAAGAAGAAGAAAACAAGUCAGAUGCUACUCAACCUAUAGAAGAGCCUCCUCAAACUCCUGUCACUGCUCCAGCUGAAGAUGUGGCACCAGAGGCAUCUGAAACCGUUCCUGAAGCCACGGUUUCGUCUGAGGAGGCUGCAGCUGAGACCGACGAAGCCCCGAAACCAGAAGCAGCUCCAGAAGCCAAAGAAGAAUCAGGCGGAGACACUGAUGCAAACCCUGAGCCUGCUUCAGACAAUAAGGAGGCCACAGAAGCUGCUGAAGAACCUGCUGCUGCUGAAGAACCUGCUGCUGCUGAAGAACCUGCUGCUGCUGAAGAGUCUGUGGCUGCUGAAGAGGCUGCUGCUGCUGAGGCUGUGACCUGUCCAGUAAACACACUGACCGAGCCUGCAGGAUCAGAUGACUCAUCUCAGCCACCGACCAGCAGUGAAGAGCCUUCGACUGUGACUACCGAGCAGCUGACACAACACAAGAACUAUCUGAAGGUCAUCAAGCGUCAGGAGAAAGAGAUGAAAGAAGCAGAGAAGAAGUAUCAGAAAAAAGGAGAGGAUUUGAUUCAGAAAUACACAGACUCCUUCAAGGCCAUCAAGAAGAAAGCCUCAGUGAAGAAAAAAGAGGGAGGAGGCGACACCUCUGACUCCAGUGUGAGCAAAGAACGAGUGAAGGAGCAGAAGGAAAAAAUGCAAGCUGAGCUAUUAGCUCUGUGGACGGAGCAGUCUGACCAGAUGAAGAAGAAGAAAGAGCAGUGUGCCACAGAGAGACUGGCGAAAUUGUUGGAGAUGGCCACAGAGAGACACAGCAGCGAGCUGAAGACCCUGGAGAGUGAAAGCAAAGAAAACAAGAAGAAAACGCUCACAAAAUCUUCAUCCACAGAGAAAGCAAAGCUGAAAAAGGGACAAAGUGUGGAGGUGUUGGAUGAGCCCAGUCAGUCCGAUGGUGCACAGUCUUCAGAUUACAACCCACAGCAAGAGGUGCUGAUGAAGAAACAGGCCGCUACACUGGAAGAAAUCAAGGCCCUGACUAAUCAGCUCAAUCAAGAGGCGCUGAAGGAGCAUGACCAGAAAGUGAGGUCUCUGCCAGCAGAAGUGAAGGAGGCUGUGAACGUCUGCGUCGGGGCCCAUUUCCCCGAACUGGUGGACGAGGCUGGAGACAAGAAGGUUGGGGGAGUGGGCUUCUACGGAGACGUCUUCCUGGGGUAGAUGUGCAUUUUCACCGCUGAUCCCUCAGUGCAACCCCAUGCUUACUUUUUCCACUCUUAUAUCUGCUUUCAACUAUUUACAUAACCUGAACACAGCAAGGAAAUAGAAGGAAAUAAUUUUAUUAGCAAAGAGCUCAGAGUGAAGUUUCAUUUGAGGUGUGCUAUUCAUAGUAGGAAUAAUAUUAAACCAAUAAUGAAUGUUUUCAUGGACGUCUCAUCGGCCAAUGUUAGAUGAUUUGGAAAUCAUUUUUACUCUUUAUUUGUGUUUCUUUUCACUAGUGAAAAACACCCUAAAUUUGGCCACACAGUAACAAAUGUAUUCUAGAUGAAGGCCCCUUAUUAAAGGUUGUUGCUUGGUACUCAUUUUCUCCUUUCUGUUCCCUUAAUAACUUCCAAAAUAGGAAUAAUUGUAGCAAGGAAAAUGUGGCAGCAGAAAUGGGUUAUCAGAAUCUGCAGGCUGAAUGAAACAAUGACUCCGUGUGUCACACUUCAGCACAGUUUGAUUUUGCAUGUGUGAUACUCUGCAGAGUAGUUGGAUUCUGUGAUGUAACCACAAAAAAUAAGAAUUAAAAAGUUUUGCAGAAUAAGAAUUGAAUUCACUCUGUAGCAAGGAUUAAAAACCUAAAAAUUUGCAACAUAUGGACACAUAGAACAUGCUAAACUAUACAUAAACACCGUACUGGCCACAUCCUAUGGAAAUUGUUGAAGAAUGGUAAAUAAACUGGUGAAAAAAUGGUGAAUUAGAAUUAAGAACUGCUACACUGCAGUAAGGGGAGAAUUAAAACUGCGUCACAGUAAAGUGCGCCACAGCUCUAGGUCCAGAUAAAGCUGGUGGAGAGUGAACUGGUUGAUCAUCCGGAUGUCAGAAGGCAGCCUGCCAGUGCACCUGGUGUUUACCGACAAAAACUAGUGAAAACUGGUUUUAGCUGACUGUGGCAGGGUGGCAGGCGAGGUCAUGUCAGGACAAGGGGGGUUACCUUGGGCAAACGUAUUUAUUGAAGUGAAAAGAGUAAUAGAAUUUAUCUGGUGAGGUUCCUCGUGGUAAUGAAAGACUCUGAUUGGUUGGAGAGUGUGACAGUGGGAGGGAUUUGGCACACCACCUAGUGGAUCUGAUCAACUAUUGAUUUUUGUAGGAAAGCAUCAGGAAAUCAGAUACUAUUAAUAACUGAAUAAAUGAUGUAAUGGUGUCAGACAAGUCCCAACUUGUUCCAAAAAAGAAGGAUGGACCUGGGGCGUGGAACCCCACAGCCAAAAAGUAUAAAAGACAGGGCAUCAAAGGGCAGGGCCAGACUUACCCCGGGGUAUCUCUCAGAGUGUUUUGAUCGGUGCAUGGAAUAAACACUUUAUUUUGAAUCUGAAGACGACUCCGAGACUUUUCUCUGUUUUUUCCUUGGUGAGACUACUGCAACUGUUAUUUUUAACUGAGUAUAUUUUUUCACUGAUUUGGAACCUAAAAUUGAGACAAUAUACAUAAUUUCAGAAGACAUGGGAUACGCUACAAAAUUAGGUUUGAAAAAGUGGAGCUUAUCUUAUAAUUGGACUCAUUCUAUUAGACCAUGUAUACCUUGCAGUCAGAAUUUUUUUCGUGUGAUGGAUUGCAAAUGAAUAAACGUAGAUUUACCAUGAA